AUGCAACUUGGUGGAGCAAAAGACUCCCAAAUCCGUGACAGCAGUAACCCGAAGGUCCACCCUCAACCUAUGGAAGAAACUGCAAACCAAAACCCUGAAGCUGUUGAAGCUUUAGUCUCAAAAAUAUUCACAAACAUUUCAUCCUUAAAAUCUGCUUACAUCCGCCUUCAAGCUGCUCACACCCCAUACGACCCUGACAAAAUCCAAGCUGCAGACAAACUCGUAAUUUCAGAACUCAAAAAUCUCUCAGAACUCAAACACUUUUAUCGCGAAAACAACCCCAGACCCACUUACAUUUCCCCACAAGACUCCCGUUUGGCUGCAGAGAUUCAAGAACAACAAAGCCUCUUAAAAACAUAUGAAGUCAUGGUGAAAAAAUUCCAAUCCGAAAUCCACAACAAAGAUUCCGAGAUUGUACAAUUACAACAACAUAUCCAAGAUGCCACUCUCAAAAGGGCUAAACUUGAAAAGAAUCUAAAGCUGAGGGGGCUUUCGUCAUCUUCGAAAGAUUCCGAGGGGGGAUCGGUCGACGGAAAUGAAAAUAUUCCCGUUUUGUCUCCCGAGCUUUUUAAGUCGGCUGUUGAACUUGCUUCUAAGGCAAUUCAUGAUUUUUCAAAACCGUUAAUCAACAUGAUGAAGGCUGCGGGGUGGGACCUUGAUGCUGCUGCGAAUUCGAUCGAACCGGAUGUUAAAUACGCGAAACGGGCCCACAAGAAAUACGCGUUUGAAUACCAUAUUUGUCAAAAAAUGUUCACCGGUUUUCAACAAGAAAAUUUCGGUUUAAACAAUGAAAACAAAGACAAAGAGACGUUCUUUCGAGAGUAUCUUGCGUUACGUGACACGGAUCCGCUUGAUUCGGUGGGGCAAGACCCGGAUUCGGAAUUCGGGAAGUUUUGCAGGGGUAAAUACGUAAUUGUGGUGCAUCCGAAAAUGGAAGCGUCUUUUUUCGGGAAUUUGGAUCAUAGGAAUUAUAUAAUGGGAGGAGGGCAUCCGAGGACGCCGUUUUAUCAGGCGUUUUUGAAACUGGCGAAAGCGAUUUGGGUUUUGCAUUUGUUGAGUCAUUCGUUUGAGCCUGUGAUAAAGGUGUAUCAGGUGAGUAAAGGGAGUGAGUUUUCAGAGGUUUAUAUGGAAAGUGUGGUGAAGAAUUUUGUGGUGGAUGAAACUGGUGAGAAGCCGAAAGUUGGGUUGAUGGUGAUGCCCGGGUUUGGGAUUGGUGGGAGUGUGAUUCAGUGUCGGGUUUAUUUGACUGGAAUCAAGGAGAUUGAAUAG